AUGUCACUAUCUCCAAACAAUCAACGUAAUAUAAAUAAUAUUACACUCAAUGCCGUUAACCCGAAUUCACCCGGGGACAACAUUGUCAACAUAGACGAAUCUUUAAAUGGUGAGUGGACAUAUAUGCCGAACAAAAAAAAUGUAUCAGAUUCAUCCGAUCCGUGUUCUCCUGAUCCCAAUAAAAUUAAAUAUAAAAAAUUAUUUAUAACUGAAAAUCGGUACGAUAUAUUGCAAGCCGAAUCUCAAAUCACACAAAACUCUACCACUGACACGCAAAACUCUACCUCAGAAACUCCAUACGAUGCAAAUCCAAUCAAACCACAACCACCAAUAUUUGUAAAAGGCAUAGCGAACUUUCCAGAUCUGUGUGCUGCUCUAAUUGAAAAAAUUGGGGUCGACAAUAUUUUCUGUAAAUCGUCGGCAAAUAGUCUGAAAAUUCAAACCACCAAUCCCGAUGCAUAUCGAACACGGGUCCAUUUUCUGAGAGAUCAAAAGGCUCAAUUUCACACGUACCAGUUACGGGAGGACAAGCCUACUCGUGUCGUCUUGCGAAACUUACACCCUACUACAUCCAUUAAACUAAUAAAAAGCGAACUUGAAUUGCGCCUCUUCGAAGUAAGAAAGGUCACUAACGUCCUACAUAAGACCAGUAAAUCACUAUUACCUCUGUUCUUUGUUGACCUCGAGCCCACUGCUCACUCAAAUGACAUCUUCGAACUUUCUUCUUUUCUCCAUACGAAAAUCAAAGUCGAAGAGUCCUAUAAACCGAAAGCUUUAAGCCAAUGUUUGAACUGCCAUGACUAUGGCCACACAAGAGCCUACUGCGGAUACCCUUCACGCUGUGUUCGCUGCAGCGCAUUCCAUCGAUCUUUUGAAUGCACCAAAACACGUGACACAGCAGUCAAAUGUGCUUUAUGUUCCGGCGAUCACCCGGCCAACUACAGAGGUUACAAUGUCUACAAAGAAUUACAACGUCGUAAAUCAUCACCCACAAAAAGUAACUUCUUAUAUGAUAAUAUUAAAGACAAUGUAAACAAUCACAAUGUAAAAGCUACCCAUUACCAAACUCAUCUGGAAUUAAUUCAGAUGCCUCUUCUAAAACUUAUGCUCAAGCCACUUUUAGUCAACCAUCACAGUCCUCUCCUCCAACCCCCCCUCUCCACUGACCUAACUGUAACCAUGUCUUCUUUUGUGCACGAACUAAAGUCACUCAUCAGCCCGCUCAUCGCUCUCCUAACUCAAGUAAUUGCUUCUCUUCUAAAUAAAAAAAAUGAAUAA